GGGAGAGAGAAGCAUUAGCGGUGUCGACGGCACAUCAACGAGACGAAAGAGGACGAAGUUAUGUCUCACAUAGCUGUGGAGAGGAACAGGAGAAGGCAGAUGAACGAGCAUCUCAAAGUCCUCCGAUCCUUGACCCCUUGCUUCUAUAUCAAAAGGGGUGACCAGGCAUCAAUAAUAGGGGGAGCGAUCGAGUUCAUCAAGGAACUACACCAAGUCCUCCAGUCCCUUGAGGCCAAGAAAAGGAGGAAGAGCCUCAGCCCUAGUAGCCCUAGCCCUAGCCCUCGCCCGCUUCAGCUGAUAGGCGCUACACCCCCACCUGAUAGUCCUUUCAGCUUCGGGUGUGCUGCUGCUAAUAAGGAACUAGCAGGAGGGGCGUGCUGCAACUCUAGGUUUGCAGACAUCGAAGCUAGGAUCUCGGGAUCGAACGUGAUCCUCAAGGUGAUCGCUCGCAGGAUACCGGGGCAGAUUGUGAAGAUCAUUGCGGUUCUUGAGAAGCUUUCGUUUGAGAUCCUCCAUUUGAACAUCAGCAGCAUGGAGGACACCGUCUUGUACUCCUUUGUCGUCAAGAUAGGGCUCGAAUGCCGGCUGAGUUUGGAGGAGCUCGUACUUGAGAUUCAGAAGAGUUUCAGUCCCGACACUAUGUAUGCUGCUGAAGCAUAAUUUGCAGUGAACUAGCUAGUGAACUCGCCGUCAAGGGUUUUGUUCAACUUUAUCCGACAGUUAGCUAAUUAACUACGUACAAUCAGUACUACAUAUACCCAGACACACUAUGUGAUUAUGUAUUGAUAUCAAACAGUAGAGUGAGUUCCAAGUUGAAAAUAUGAUCAUAAGUCUAUGAUCAUUAAUUCAACUUGGAUUAUAAUGUAUCUUUUCGAUACAUUCGACAUA